CAGAGAGAAUUGCUCGUCUUUACAGGGUGUCCACACUGUUUAUCACGAACAGCAAGAAGCUGAACCUGAAACAAAAGGAUGUUGACCUGUUUGCCAUCUCUCUUAUCUUUCUUUCUGUGGCCAGUGGUACUUUGAAAAGGAGCUGCGACAACUGUGGUGGAUGGGCAUAGUAGAGAUGGAAGACAGAAGGAGGAUGAGCUACCGGCACGUUCAUGUCCAAGCAGAAGAGGAGCUCCAGAACCUAGAAUGGUAUCAUGACAAUCUCACACGUCAUGCAGCAGAGGCUCUUCUUCUUUCCAAUGGCAGUGAUGGAAGCUAUCUCCUAAGAAAAAGCAAUGGCAAGACUACUCUUUUUUCGCUUUCUGUAAGAGCAAAAGAUUCUGUAAAGCAUUUUCAUGUGGAAUACACAGGGAAUUCAUACAAGUUUGGCUUCAAUGAAUUUUCAGACUUGAAAGACCUGAUUAUGCAUUUUGCAAAUCAGCCUUUAAUAGGUAGUGAGACAGGGACUUUGAUUGUAUUGAAGCAUCCAUAUCCCAAGAAAGUAGAAGAGCCUUCCAUUUAUGAAUCUGUGCGAGUCCACACGGCUAUGCAGUCGGGAAGAACAGAACUUGACCUCAUUCCCAAUGCUCCAUCGUUAGGGACUAAAGAAGGUUAUCUAACAAAGCAAGGCAAAAUAGUUAAGAACUGGAAAACUAGGUGGUUUACGCUGCAUAGGAAUGAGCUGAAAUACUACAAAGAUCAGACGUCCACAGAGCCAAUCAGAGCACUUGAUUUAACUGAAUGCUCAGCAGUGCAGUUUGACUAUUCCCAAGAAAAAGUGAAUUGCUUUUGUUUAGUAUUUCCAAUGCGAACGUAUUACAUGUUUGCAAAGACUGGAGUAGAAGCCGAUGAGUGGAUUAAAAUAUUGCAGUGGAAAUUGUCCCAGAUAAGGAAAAAACGCCAGAAUGAUGCCACACUCAGGCCAUAGUAGUUUUGGCUACAAAUGCUAACUGUGCAGAAACCAACUUUGUUUCAUAUUCAUACGCCUUCAGAUUCGUUAAUCAGCAUUAAGAAGGGCUGCACCCGAUCAGAUCAGAGGUUUUUAAGCUCUGCAGCUGCUGACUUGCUGACAACUGAUUUCUAGGGGAUUCCUGAACACUGUUAAAGCAGAAGACCUUGGAAGAUGGAUAUUCACCUAUUCAACACUUCAUUAUUCUGGAUAUGCUCAGUGGUUGCUGGCAUUCUGUAUUUGCCUUUGCUGCCAGGUUUUGACCAGUUCUUUCUUAUGUAAGCAGUUUCAGUCAAAGUUUCAUAGCAUGAACCUGAACUCACUCAAACCCACUCACCUCUGGCUGCCAUUCCAUAUGCUUCAAACCAUUUACCCACUGGUCUAUUAAGACACACUUGCACAGAGUUUUUUAAAAAAUAGUUUUGAUUUCAUCUGUGGCUUUGCUUGGGUUUAAGAAUCGUCUGUUCACACUUCAAAAUCAUUUUCUCAGAACUUCUGUAGUUUUGACUUCCCUGGUGAGCAAUCGUUAUAGAUAAUCUACUGCUAGUGGGACACAUUUCUAUGAGCAAGUAAGAUUUUUUUCAAAUAUUGGGAGUACAGGUAGCCCUCAAUUUAUAACCAUUUUGUUUAGUGACUGUUCAAAGUUAAAAUGGCACCGAAAAACGUGACUCAUGACCGGGUCUCACACGAUCGUAGCAUCCCUGUGGUCCCGUGAUCAAAAUUUGGGUGCUUGGCAACUGGCAUGUAGUUAUGACAGCUGCAUUGUCCCGGAGUCAUGUGAUCACCA